AUGCCUUCCAAAACAAAGAAGAGAAGCAGGCCAGACGCCGACACCACCGGCGUCACUAGCAAACCCGGCGACACCGACGACACCGAGACCACGAGAAAGAGAACGAAGUUGAACAUCGCCGACACCACCGGCGUCACUAGCGACACCAGUAACACCGACGCCAUCGUCGCCACCAGCGCAUCGACCAACACAGCCGCAACGGAGAAGGUUAUCGACCCUCGCGGUGACCUUGUUCUCGUCAUCGGCACAGAAGUCUGCGACGAGCCUACUAGGUUUCGAGUUUGUUCUCGCGCGAUGGGACGCGCAUGUCGACCGUGGGAGACUAUGCUGUUUGGUGGGUAUGCCGAGGCCAAGCCCGCCAGCGGCGAGUGGGUUGUCCGCCUGCCAGAGGACGAUCCAAAAGCUAUGAAACUCCUUCUUCUGAUUGUUCAUGCAGAGUUUGAGAAAUUACCAAAGCGACCUUCUCUCGAUCAAUUACUGAACCUUGUCCAAGUUGCUGACAAGUACGACCUGCUUGGUAAACUUCAGCCCUGGGCCAGCUCGUGGGAGGUUGACGUCCUUGACGCGGACGAGGACAACAUGGUUGGAUGUAUUUAUGCGGCCUGGAAACUGCGCACCAAAGAUGCUUUCACAACGAACAUCAUCAACUUUUCUUCAACCCUCACCCACACGGAAAUAGCGGGGCUCACCAGCUGUGACGGCAAUAUCGCUGGCCCCCUGUCUGAAUAUGGGCCGCCAGGCAUCGAAGCCUGUAUAACGAACCUCCACCUCUCGAUAGUCCAAAGUAUUCUCGACUUUGUCGACGCCGAGGUUUCAACACGGUUUCGGGGAGCGAAUUGCUGUGGCGAUUGUAUAUUCCUAGGCUCUGUUUCGCAGCAUUUCUCGAACACGAAGCAAAAGGCUGCCGACCGGCCCGAAAGCGUAAAUGAACUGCUAACGGCCCUCGACGAGUCGUUCACUUGGGUCAACACGGAGUCCGCCAAGAGGUAUAGAAAGUUUUUGGGGAAGUUCAACAGGCCGUUCAAAGCUUUUCAAAAGGACCUGGACGAAUAUUGGGCCACGCUCUGUGGUGAUCUCAGUGAUCUAGGACCGAGUAGUCUAUGA